UUCUGUCCCGGUAUAGGUCACGUGUGAAGCCGGUUGACUGCCAGCGUUGUGUAUAUAUUUUUAUUUAUUUAUCUUCUAAGCCGCCUUCAGAACCUCUCAGCUGUUGUGUCAGUGCCGCGCUUUACUUCUCUUUCAUACACUUGAGACACUCCUCCCUCUUAGAGCUGCGGCCGCCCCGGGGAGGGAGCGAACAGACACACACACAGGGGAGGGCACCGGCUGCCGGAUACAUGCUGGGGAACCUCGCACUCCUCGUGAGAGGCCGGUAAAGCACUUUAGAAAAGAAAAAGUUAAGGGAGAAUGGAGUUCCCUAACCAGCAGAAGACAACUGAUGGCAAAAUUAUUUACCCACCCGGAGUAAAGGAGAUCACAGAUAAAAUUUCUAACGAUGAGGUGGUGAAACGGCUAAAAAUGGUUGUAAAAACAUUUAUGGACAUGGACCAAGAUUCUGAAGAUGAAAAACAACAAUAUCUCCCUUUGGCAUUGCAUUUAGCAUCUGAAUUCUUCCUCCGAAAUCCUAACAAAGAUGUUCGCUUGCUUGUGGCUUGCUGCUUAGCUGAUAUAUUCAGAAUAUAUGCCCCAGAAGCACCAUAUACUUCUCAUGAUAAAUUAAAGGAUAUAUUCUUAUUUAUUACAAGACAGCUGAAGGGUCUUGAGGACACCAAGAGUCCACAAUUCAACAGAUAUUUUUACUUACUAGAGAACUUAGCCUGGGUUAAAUCGUACAACAUUUGCUUUGAGUUGGAAGACUGCAAUGAAAUAUUUAUUCAGCUUUUUAAGACUCUAUUCUCCGUUAUCAAUAACAGUCACAAUCAGAAAGUUCAGAUGCAUAUGCUGGAUUUAAUGAGCUCGAUCACCAUGGAGGGAGAUGGGGUAACACAGGAGCUUUUGGAUUCUAUUCUCAUUAACCUUAUCCCUGCACAUAAGAACCUUAACAAACAGGCCUUUGAUCUAGCCAAAGUUCUAUUGAAAAGGACCGCUCAAACAAUUGAACCAUGCAUCGCCAAUUUUUUUAACCAGGUUUUAGUGUUGGGGAAAUCUUCAGUGAGCGAUUUGUCAGAGCAUGUCUUCGAUUUGAUACAAGAGCUAUUUGCAAUAGAUCCUCAUUUGUUGGUGUCAGUCAUGCCACAGUUGGAGUUCAAAUUGAAGAGUAAUGAUGGUGAAGAAAGGUUGGCUGUUGUGCGUCUUCUUGCAAAGCUGUUUGGCUCAAAAGAUUCAGACCUUGCUACUCAAAAUCGCCCACUUUGGCAGUGUUUCCUUGGCAGGUUUAAUGAUAUACAUGUUCCAGUAAGACUAGAAAGUGUGAAAUUUGCCAGUCAUUGUUUAAUGAACCAUCCUGACCUAGCUAAAGAUCUUACUGAUCUGGUUGAUGUAUCAGCACUUAAUGAGAUGUGGAAAUGCCAGAAUAUGCUGAGAAGCCAUGUGCGAGAGCUUCUUGAUUUACAUAAGCAACCCACUUCAGAAGCGAACAGCUCAGCCAUGUUUGGAAAGUUAAUGACCAUAGCAAAAAAUUUGCCAGACCCAGGAAAAGCACAAGAUUUUGUAAAGAAGUUCAAUCAAGUUUUGGGUGAGGAUGAGAAGCUUAGGUCACAACUUGAGUUGCUUAUCAGCCCUACUUGUUCGUGUAAACAAGCAGAUGUCUGUGUGAGGGAGAUUGCACGCAAACUUGCCAACCCCAAACAGCCUACAAAUCCAUUUUUGGAAAUGGUCAAGUUUUUAUUGGAAAGGAUUGCUCCGGUACAUAUAGAUUCAGAAGCUAUCAGUGCUUUGGUUAAACUGAUGAAUAAAUCAAUUGAGGGGACAGUGGAUGAUGAAGAGGAGGGUGUAACUCCAGACACAGCUAUAAGAGCAGGACUUGAACUGCUUAAGGUACUGUCUUUCACACAUCCAACCUCAUUUCACUCUGCCGAAACUUACGAAUCUUUUCUUCAGUGCCUUCGUAUUGAAGAUGACAAAGUGGCUGAAGCAGCUAUUCAGAUCUUUAGAAAUACAGGGCACAAAAUAGAAACGGACUUACAACAAAUUCGAUCGGCGCUUAUUCCCAUUUUGCACCAAAAGGCGAAAAGGGGUACACCACAUCAAGCUAAACAGGCUGUUCACUGCAUCCAUGCAAUUUUUUCAAAUAAGGAAGUGCAGCUUGCUCAGAUAUUUGAGCCUCUCAGCAGGAGUCUAAAUGCAGAUGUCCCAGAACAACUGGUUACACCUUUAGUUUCGUUGGGCCAUAUUUCCAUGCUGGCUCCUGACCAAUUUGCUUCUCCAAUGAAAUCAAUAGUAGCAAAUUUUAUUGUGAAAGAUUUGCUUAUGAAUGAUAGGUCUAAUGGAGACAAGAAUGGAAAAUUAUGGUCCUCAGAUGAAGAUGUUUCACCAGAAGUUCUCGCUAAAGUCCAGGCAAUAAAAUUAUUGGUACGUUGGCUAUUAGGUAUGAAGAAUAAUCAGUCCAAGUCUGCGAAUUCCACAUUGAGAUUAUUAUCAGCAAUGCUUGUCAGUGAAGGGGACCUAACUGAGCAUAAAAGAAUCAGUAAAUCAGACAUGUCUCGCUUGAGGUUAGCAGCUGGAAGUGCCAUAAUGAAACUUGCUCAGGAACCUUGUUACCAUGAAAUAAUCACUCCAGAACAGUUCCAGCUCUGUGCUCUUGUCAUUAAUGAUGAGUGCUAUCAAGUUCGUCAAAUAUUUGCACAAAAGCUUCACAAGGCUCUUGUGAAGUUGCUGCUUCCACUAGAAUAUAUGGCUAUCUUUGCCUUGUGUGCCAAGGAUCCAGUGAAGGAAAGAAGGGCACAUGCUAGACAGUGCUUGCUCAAGAAUAUCAGUAUAAGAAGGGAGUACAUUAAGCAAAACCCAUUGGCAAGUGAAAAGCUGCUGUCCUUGCUACCGGAAUACGUUGUUCCAUAUAUGAUACAUUUGCUGGCUCACGACCCAGACUUUACAAAACCUCAGGAUGUUGACCAACUGCGUGAUAUUAAAGAGUGUCUAUGGUUUAUGCUUGAAGUUUUAAUGACCAAGAAUGAGAAUAACAGUCAUGCGUUCAUGAAGAAAAUGUGUGAAAACAUCAAACAAACCAGAGAUACUCAAGCGCCAGAUGAUCCAAAAGUCAAUGAAAAACUAUAUACAGUCUGUGAUGUUGCACUGAUUGUCAUGAAUAGCAAGACUACAAUCACUCCUACAGAAACAACCAAGGACCCUGUGAUACCAACCCGAUUUUUUACACAGCCUGAGAAGGAAUUUUGCAAUGAAAAGUGUUUGAUUUCUGAGGAGACAAGAGUCCUUCUGUUAACGGGAAAGCCUAAACCCACAAGUGUUUUAGGUGCAGUAAAUAAGCCUCUUUCUGCCACUGGACGAAGACCAUACAACAGAAGUACAGGAUCUGAAACUGGAAUAAACAUCAGUCUUAAUUCAGACACGGAAACACUUGGAAGAUCGAGGGAUCUGGAUUCUGAAGUGUCUGAAACUGGUGUUAGUGAAAACGAUGAGCAUCCUGUCAGAAUAAUUUCAGUCACGCCAGUCAAGACAGAGACUGUGAAAAACAAGGAAGUGAACUCUGAGCAGACUACUCCAUCUACCCUUUUACCCGAGCGAGGAAAAAAAAGAUCAGCAGUAUCGCCUGGGUCAGAGAAUAUCCACAAAAAUUUAGAGGAAAAGAAAGCUGAUGAUGGGCAAACAGUCCCACCCAAACCAAGAAGAGGGCGGCCACCAAAAUCUGAAUCUCAGGGUAGUGCAGCAAAAAAAGAUGACUCAAUCAAGCCUGCAGGGAGGGGACGGAAGAGGGCAGCCUCAAAUAAAGAAAGCUCUGUAGGGCUGGAGGCAGGCAAUGCUAAAGUACCAAAACAGGAACAAACAUCCAAAAAAAAAGCACAAAGGCAAAUGAAUCUACAACGGUAAAAGGACACCUUAAUAAAGAGAAAAAUUAAAUCCAAAUCAAGGCAUGAACCGGAUUUCAACAUUUUCUACACAUAAGCUGAACUUGCUCAGACCUUAACUGCUUUCUACAUUUUAAAAACAUGUAAACUGGUGAACAUUUUUCUUAGAAGAAAAAUCCUCUACUGAAUUGUAAAAUAGAAGUUCACAAGGCCAAAAACUUAAAUUUAUCAGAGACUUUUUAUUUGGGGAGGGGUGUUUUUAAAUGAAAAUGUAAUUAAGCUAAUGGUGAUCCUACAUUAUGGCUGUAACAAAGCAAAUCCAUAUGCCUUCAUUGCUUUUAAGACCAUGUUUAAGUUGUCUUGAAGACAGCGUGUUUGUAUAAUUCUUCACUUGAGAAAUGCAGGAGGUACCAUUAUAUGAUAAUAGAUUUGAGGAUAUACAUCCUGUUUAGUUGUAUUCCUUUUAUGAUGCUAAUAGACUCCUGCUAAACAGAUUAUAAUACUUCUCGAACACAAUAAGGAUCCAGUUGUAAAGGAGGCGUAGGGUUUGAAUAUUGAUAAAUGGUUCUUUAUUUUAUAUUUCUUAAUGGUCUCAUGUAAAAUUUGCUGCCAGCAUACUUUUCAAACAAAAUACGAUGUACAGGGGCUUUUUUGUUGUUUGUUUUGUUUUGUUUUUUAAUAUGCCUGUUCUAUAAAGAGUUUUAUGUAGUUAUGUUUGUUUAUAUAGUUUUUCCAAUCACUUAUAGUGGAGGGAAAAUACUUUAACCCACAAUAUUUUUACAUUUCAGAGAAUUUUUUUGUUUUGUUUUUUUUUUCUUGUCCUGGUUUUGUUGGGUUAAUAUAAUUUGGAAUAAAUGUACAUAUUUUGGUUUGUUUUAUAGAACAUCUGUGUCACCUUUUAAAUACCCUUUUAAUCUAAUAAUGAUGGAAUACUGUAUGAAUGAAGACAGUCUUGCAUUCAGUUUUAUAAUGUUGGUCCCAGAUUUGAAUUAAUAUUGUAAAAAUUAUCAAUUUUUUUAAAAUAAAAAAUUUGGGUGGAGUUUGCAACUUUAUAAAUAAAGUUGUAAAUGUUUACUGGUCAUUUUUUAGGGAUUUUGCUGUUUUAAUGUUUAUUGAAGUAUCUCUAUCCAAAUUCUUUUUUAAAGUUUUUUUUUUAUUAUUAUUAUUUUAUUUUCCCAGCAAUGUGUCCUAAAAAAGGUGAGCACAAACAUUUGUGUACAUGCUGUGCUGAAUAUGCACCUCGUACUUAAGUUUUGUUACAUAUAAUAAAUGCGUCUAGGUA